GCUAUUCGUCGCCCUAAACUUUAAAUUAUUUCGCCCUAAAUCAUAUUAAGUUGACGUUUAUACCCCUAUACUGGGUUUCCGUCAAGCCCUGCCGCCGUUCACAUUCCCUACUCCGCCAACCUGCUAUCAUCGCUGAGAAAAAGAAAGAAUCCCACUGGCCGGAUUCGGCCGCCAUGGCCAUUCCCCUAGCACGCUGACCCACUGCAAUCCCUAAUUCACCGACCAGCUGCUGUUGCUGAGGAAGGAGGAAGAAGGUCUCACCUGCUUCGAUUCCCCCAAUCUGACGACUCGCUGCUGUUGUUGAGGAAGGAGAAAGAUGAAGUAGGAGGUAUAAGGUUUGAGCACUGGUCUGCAUUGGAGAAGGAAGUCGAAUCCUUCAGCUUGGUUCGUCAUUGUCGUUCCCUAGCCGCUCGUCGAUCCGCUACUGCUAUUUUUUUUAAUUGGAGUCGGCGAAUUCUCUGCCGCUUCCGGUCCCCAACACAAGGAUUCCCUCCAGAUACCUACUCGCCCAAUCGAGUUCAUCCGCCAAUACCCUUCGGUGUCCAAGGAAUUCCUCUCUGGCGGCAUGGGGAUUCACCCCCACAUCAAGCUCACCCAACAGCUGUGCUCGUUGUAUUGGAUUUCAGCGGUUGUGUAAAGGUGAAGCUCUCUGGUGUUUCGCUGAAGAGGGUUGCUUCCAUGGAGAAACAAGAGAACCAAGGUGAAAUAGUGAACAUUGACGAGACAAUGGUGACACUGAAACCAGAACAAAGCUGUCAAGGAGGAUUGUUUGUUCCUGGCAAGGAGAGGGUGAAGUUUACAGCUCCCGAGAGGAAAUCUCUUUUAGGACUGGAUGUCCUUGCAAUUGCGAAACGAGCCCAAUCUGAUGUGGAUGGAGGUUUUAAGGUCCCUGCGCACAGAAUAACUAACACAGUGGCCUCAGCUGACGAGGAUGAAGAGAACGACACUUCUGAAAUAGAUGAGGCUGGAGCAGUGGGUGCAAAUAGUAAUGCUGCGCUGAAGCAUGUGAGUGGCCGAAGAUACCGUGAAACAUCUGCUAGUGCUGGUGAGGCAACUCAUGCAGCUUUGCAUAUCUCAUGUGAGAUCUCGUCAAUUACAGAAAGUACUGUGACCCGAGAAAGAUCAGUUAGUGAUGUGUCUCGAAAUCAUCACUCCAAGGGGGGUUCAUCUUCAUAUAGACCUAGUACCUCCCCUCGAACUUCUCAACGGGAUCCCUCCAGGAGUCCAUGGCGUCAUGGAGAUGAUUACAUCACUGAACAAAGAGGCAGAACAGAUGAUGAUAGGAUUGAUAAUCGAAGGGACAGACACAGAUACAGCAGUGACCGCGAAGACCGAAGUCAUGGAAGAGAAUCACGCCAUCGGUAUGAAGACGAUUAUGAUGGAAGUUAUGGAAGAAAACGCUCACGAACACCAGGGAGAUAUGAUUGGGAUGAUGGAAGAUGGGAAUGGGAAGAAACUCCUGUUCGUGAUGAUACCUCUAACUCAGGUCAGCGGUGUCAGCCUUCAAGGUCCCCAAUGUUUGUUGGGGCAUCACCUGAUGCACGAUUAGUUUCACCAUGGUUGGGUGACCAUACUCCUUCAGCUGGCUCCAGUGCUUCCCCUUGGGAUCGGGUUUCUCCUUCUCCUAUACCAAUACGAGCUUCUGGGUCGUCAGAUAGGUCCUCUGUUUCUAGACGGGGUGGGAGAUCUCAUCAGCAUACUUUCUCUGUUUCAAGCUCCCAACCAUUAGAGGAAGGAGAAAAGCCAUUCGUGUCUGAAGAACAUAAUCCUGAGAUUACUGAGGACAUGCGUUUAGAAAUGGAAUAUACUUCUGACCGAGCAUGGUACGAUAGAGAAGAAGGUAACACAUUGUUUGAUUCUAAUAGCUCAUCAUUUUUCUUUGGAGACGAAGUUUCAAUCCAGAAAAAAGAGGCAGAGUUGGCUAAAAAGCUGGUUCGUAGAGAUGGCUCCAAGAUGACACUAUCUCAAAGUAAGAAGUUAUCUCAACUUACUGCUGAUAAUGCCCAGUGGGAAGACCGGCAACUAUUGAGAUCUGGUGCUGUUAGGGGAACUGAAGUGCAGACUGAAUUUGAUGAUGAGGAUGAACGCAAGGUUAUUCUCCUUGUGCAUGAUACAAAACCCCCUUUUUUGGAUGGAAGAGUCGUUUUCACUAAACAAGCGGAACCAGUAAUGCCUCUAAAAGAUCCCACAUCCGACAUGGCCAUCAUUUCACGCAAAGGAUCUGCUCUAGUCAGGGAGAUUCGUGAUAAACAGAGUCAGAACAAGUCUCGCCAACGGUUUUGGGAACUUGCUGGCUCAAAACUUGGUGAUAUUCUUGGUGUUGAGAAAACAGCGGAGCAGAUUGAUGCUGAUACUGCUGAAGUGAAUGAAGAAGGUGAAGUCAAUUUCAAGGAAGAUGCAAAAUUUGCACAACACAUGAAGAAGGGCGGUGAAGCUGUGAGUGAUUUUGCAAAGUCAAAAAGUCUUGCAGAGCAGCGGCAAUACCUUCCUAUAUUCUCUGUGCGGGAUGAGCUGUUGCAGGUGAUACGUGAAAACCAGAUAGUAGUUGUAGUUGGAGAAACUGGGUCGGGAAAGACUACUCAACUGACACAGUGGUGUACUAAUGCCUUUUCUUUGCAGUAUCUACAUGAAGAUGGCUAUACAGCAAAUGGAAUUGUGGGUUGCACCCAGCCCCGUCGUGUGGCAGCCAUGAGUGUUGCCAAGAGAGUUAGUGAAGAGAUGGAGACUGAAUUGGGGGAUAAAGUUGGUUAUGCAAUUCGGUUUGAGGACGUGACUGGAAAAAACACCAUAAUCAAGUAUAUGACUGAUGGAGUACUCCUGCGUGAAACAUUGAAAGAUGCUGAAUUGGAUAAGUACCGGGUCAUUGUCAUGGAUGAAGCACACGAGAGAUCAUUAAACACAGAUGUACUGUUUGGGAUAUUGAAGAAGGUGGUUGCACAGCGUCGUGAUUUCAAGCUCAUAGUGACAUCUGCAACUUUAAAUGCUCAGAAGUUCUCGGAUUUCUUUGGAAGUGUACCAAUAUUCCACAUCCCUGGGCGAACUUUCCCUGUGAAGACCUUAUAUAGCAAGAGUCCUUGUGAAGACUAUGUAGCAGCGGCUGUUAAGCAAGCUAUGACUAUCCACGUCCAGAGUCCUGCCGGUGACAUCCUCAUAUUUAUGACUGGGCAAGACGAAAUUGAGGCAGCGUGCUAUUCCCUUGCAGAGCGCAUGGAGCAGAUGGCUGCGUCCACCAAGGAUGUUCCCAAGCUUUUGAUCCUUCCAAUAUAUUCUCAGCUUCCUGCUGAUUUGCAAGCAAAGAUAUUUCAGAAAGCUGAAGAUGGAGCUCGGAAAUGCAUUGUGGCGACCAACAUUGCUGAGACUUCAUUGACUGUGGAUGGAAUCUUUUAUGUUAUCGACACAGGAUACGGUAAAAUGAAGGUUUACAACCCAAGGAUGGGUAUGGAUGCUCUGCAAGUUUUCCCUGUCAGCCAAGCGGCUGCCAAUCAGCGUGCAGGACGUGCUGGUAGAACAGGCCCUGGCACAUGCUACAGGCUGUACACCGAGAAUGCGUACCUGAACGAGUUGUUGCCAAGUCCAGUGCCGGAGAUUCAGAGGACCAAUCUCGGUAACGUAGUUCUUCUGCUGAAGUCUCUCAAAAUAGAGAACUUGCUGGAUUUCGAUUUCAUGGACCCACCUCCGCAAGAUAAUAUUUUGAACUCUAUGUACCAGCUGUGGGUGUUGGGCGCGCUGAGCAACGUUGGAGGUCUGACUGAUCUUGGAUGGAAAAUGGUCGAGUUCCCCCUGGAUCCUCCACUAGCUAAGAUGCUUUUGAUGGGAGAGCAAUUGGGAUGCUUAAAUGAGGUUUUGACUAUUGUGUCAAUGCUCUCGGUCCCCUCUGUGUUCUUUCGGCCCAAGGACAGGGCCGAGGAGAGUGAUGCUGCACGGGAGAAAUUCUUUGUUCCAGAAUCUGACCAUUUGACUCUGCUCAACGUCUUUCUGCAAUGGAAGGAGCACCAGUAUCGGGGAGAUUGGUGUAACGACCAUUACUUGCAUGUCAAAGGAUUGCGCAAAGCCAGAGAAGUUCGGUCUCAGCUGCUGGAUAUUCUGAAGACUUUGAAGAUUCCAUUGACGACCUGUGGGCAUGAUUGGGAUGUGAUCCGGAAGGCGAUCUGUUCUGCGUACUUUCACAAUGCAGCAAGGUUGAAGGGUGUUGGUGAGUAUGUAAACUGCAGGUCAGGAAUGCCUUGCCACUUGCACCCGACCAGCGCCCUCUAUGGCCUGGGGUACACUCCAGAUUAUGUUGUGUAUCACGAGCUGGUGUUGACCACAAAAGAGUACAUGCAGUGUGCAACCUCUGUAGAGCCCCAGUGGUUGGCUGAGAUGGGUCCCAUGUUCUUUUCGGUCAAGGAUUCCGAUACCUCGAUGUUGGAGCACAAGAAAAGGCAAAAGGAAGAGAAGACUGCGAUGGAGGAGGAGAUGGAGAAUUUGAGGAAGGCUCAAGCAGAAGAUGAGAGACGAAACAAGGAGAAGGAAAGAGAGAAGAGGGCAAAGCAGCAACAACAAAUAGCAACGCCAGGGCUGCGUCAGGGAUCUUCAACUUACUUGAGACCUAAGAAGUUUGGUUUGUAGAUGUGGCUUGUGUGAAAUUAACUGAAUCUUACAAGGAAGAAAUGUUGUAACUCUCAAUUUUAUUGUGGAGUAAACCAACUAGAAGUCACUUAUUCCCUGUAACUUUGCUACUACCCUCACCUUCCAGUAAACUGUUCCUCUUGCGAUGGGUUGGACAUGACUGUGAUGUCCUGAGGAUUCUGAAACUUGUCAAGUGUGGGUGGUGAAAUCACCUAAUGCUGUUGCACUUGAUUCCGUUGCUCCUGCUAUUGUAAGGUUGAAGAGGUUGCGGCUCCACAUUUGGAGGUUGUUGAUAACAUAAGGAGAAGAUGAUUUUGGAUCCCGAACUGGAAGUUUUUGUGUGUUUUCAGGCCACCUAUAGAAAGUAGUUGAAUCUCUUGCUACUACCCUCACC